AUGGUAUUUUAUUUAGAAAAGAUUCAUAAAAAUAGUAAAAUAAUUAUUGAAGCUUUGAAUAAUUUGAGAGAGAAAAAAAAUACAAUAAUCAACAGAUUUCAAAAGAAUACCAAAAUGUUUCUACGAUUCUUAUUGACCAUAUUCUGUUGUGGUCUGAUUUUGUGUCAAAUGGUGAAUAGUCAAUACCACAGAGAGUCAGACUAUCUUCGUGAAGAACCUUAUCGAUAUCGUGGGUUCUAUGAGGAAGAACCCAGUGACAUUCAAAAACGUGUUCAAUUUCUACGUCUCGGUAAACGUUUAGCCAGAAAAUCUGCCUAUCCUUAUAUGAAUUAA